UAACGAUCGGUUUCACACACGCGAUUCAUACUUCUUUUUAAAAGUGAAAACUAUGCACACAUGUGUUUAAUAUUUUUUAACAAUUUGGACGGUGAUACGCUUGUUUAGUAUAAAUUUCGAUUUAUUAACAUACUUUAUACUUGCAUUGGAUUCUCGGUCGAAUAACGCGUUUGUGAAUUCGAUUAAAAACAGCAUAUUGGAAUAGGAUAGUUAUUGAUCAUUGGGUACAAUUCAUGUCGUUAGCUGGAAAAAUGGGUGACUUUGUUCAGAGGUGAAGUUUUACCUUGAAUGACUUACAAACUAAUUCAUAUUCGCACAAAUUCACACAACGACAAACAUGGAGGUAUCAACGUUUUUAGUGUUCACCACAUGGCUCGUUUCUAUUCAUCAGUGUCUAUCAUUAAAUUUAAAUGCACUAUCAUACCUUGGUGAACGUUACCGCUUAAAUCUUAUACAAUUUCGAGAAGAUCCGUUGUUCGGUAACAGACCUAUACUCGAUGAAUACGACUUUAUCGUGGUUGGAUCAGGAGCGUCAGGUGCUACGGUUGCUAGGAGGCUAGCUGAAAUACCGGAAUGGAAAAUAUUAUUGCUCGAGGCGGGCAAACAAGAAUCAUUGGCCACUUCAGUCCCGGCCAUAGCCCAUUAUUUUCAAUUUACAGACUUCAACUGGGCUUUCAAAACCGAAGAGGAACCGAACGCCUGUCAAGGAGUCGUAAACAAAAAGUGCUUAUGGCCACAAGGUAAAGGCCUCGGCGGGAGUACGAUCAUCAACAACAACAUUUACACUCGAGGCAACGUAAGAGACUUCGACCGUUGGGCCGAGGCAGGCAAUCCCGGUUGGUCGUACAAAGACGUUUUACCGUAUUUUUUGAAAAACGAAGACGUGACUAUUCCAGAAUUAAAACGAUCUCCAUACCAUGGUGUGGGUGGACCAAUGCCAAUAAGUUAUUCUCCGUUCAAGUCAAAAUUGGUUGAAACAUUUCUUGAAUCCGCACCACAAGUGGGAUUAAACGUGGUGGACUACAAUGACCCAAAUAGCCACGUCGGAUUUUCAAGAAUCCAAGGUACGAUAAACUUCGGUAGACGGGUAACUUCAGCAAGAGCGUAUCUCCGAGGGAACCUGACAAACUUGCAUAUCGUCGACGCAGCUUUCGUUACAAAAGUACUGAUCGAUCCAAAUACUAAAGUCACGUUGGGCGUAGAAUUCGAAAAGAAUAACAGGAGACGAAGAGCACUAGCCAGAAAAGAAGUGAUCUUGUCAGCGGGAGCUUUCAACUCAGCUAAGCUCUUGAUGCUGUCGGGAAUCGGGCCUAAAGAACAUCUCGAACCACUCGGAAUAAACACUAUAAGCGAUCUGCGCGUUGGUGACAAUUUACAGGAGCAUCCUUCGUACGCGAACUUGGCGUUUACUGUCAAUCAAACCGUGGGAUUAAUACCCGAUCGUAUAUACAAGCGAGGCAUUCGUGAGCUUUUCAAUUUCAACGACGGAAAUGGCUGGCUCACAACCAUGGGCUGCGAAGGACUCGGAUACAUAAAAACGAAAUACAAUAAGGAUCCCGGGGACAUACCAGACAUCGAAUACAUCUUCAUUCCAAUGUCUCUGGCCGGUGAAGAAGGAUUGGGAAAUAGCUUAUUGAGAAGAAGCAUGGGAAUACCAGACAGAACUCAUUAUGAUUUGCACAAAGGAAUAUUCAACAAGGAUGGAUGGACAAUUUGGACUAUGCUCAUGUACCCAGAGAGUACAGGACAAGUCAGACUAAGGAACGCCAACCCUUAUUCAAAACCAUUGAUAAGAGCUAACUUUUUCGACGCUCCUGUCGACGUGUUGCGUAUCGUGGAAGGAAUAAAAUCGGUUAUAGAACUUAACAAAACACCUGCUUUUCAAAAAUUGGGCUCCAAAAUGAGUUUGCGAACGGUGCCAGGUUGUAGACACCUGAGUUACGGAUCGGACGCAUACUGGGAAUGUUGUGUAAAAAGACUGACCAUGCAGAUGCAUCAUCAGUGCUGUACCGCAAAGAUGGGACCGUCGUUUGACCGAAACGCUGUGGUCAACUCACAACUCAUGGUUUACGGUGUCUCUAAGCUGAGAGUCAUCGAUUGUUCGAUCAUGCCUUCGAUAACUGGUGCCCACACUGUAGCACCAGCCUAUAUGAUCGGAGAAAAAGGAGCUGAUUUGGUCAAAUCGACUUGGCUGAGACCGAUAAGUUGAAAUUUUUAAUACGAUAAAUAUUAUUUUUAUUAUAGUAUGUAAUUAAAUAAAAAGACUUAAUUUAGCUAUAGGUUAUAGGUUAUAAUGAAAUAUAUUGUAUAAAGUUAUAAUAAUUAGUGAAUAAUGUAUUAUUAUCUGCGAUUUAAGUCAAUUUGUAUUGUUCGUUUGAUUAAUAAUAUAGAAGGCGUAGUGUAUAUUACUAUAUUUUAUUUCACUGUACUWUAACUCAGUAAACGAAACUUGAUGUAAAGGUAACACUUUUGAACAUUAUAACUACCUAUAUUAAUUUACAAUAUAAU